AGCCCCUUGCGGUCGCCGGGAAGCGGCGCAGCCUCUUGUUUGACAGCAUUGCACUCGAUACGAUUAUGCUACUACCCUAAUUUUAUUUUACUUUCACUUUGUGAGAAUUAAAAAUAAAAAUUCCCGAGACGAAUUUCCAGCUUUCUAUCUUUGUUUUGCUAUUGACUUUGUUAUCUAAGCGAAAAUAGAAAUAGCGACGACGACGUGGAAGUACUGUACUAGCGGUAAGCUAACAGGUUGCGCGAGCUGUGAAUAAAAUAAUUACUUUUCCCCUUUAGUUCAGUAACCAGUUUAUACAUUCUGUAUUGCAUGUUCGGGUUUAGCCAGGCGUCCCGGCAUCUCCAGCUCGUUAAGAGCCUUCGUGGUUGAACUCGGUUUCCACAGUCAACGCCUUUGCUGGAGGACUCUUCCACUGUUGACAUGGAUUGUGUUGUUUGAGGUGGUUCGUGUGCUUAAGGAUCUUAUAACAAGACUGUUUCAACAGCAGAAUUACUGACGUGGAAACAUGGAAAUCCGGAGGUAGCUUGAGCUGCACUGUUUUUGUUUCCGGACUGAGAAUGAACUGGGAUCUGACAGAAGACGGUCGUGGCAGCUGUUGACUCUGCAGGGGCGUCCGAGUGAGAACCGCCGUCUCGCUGUUCUGUGUUCUCUCUGGAAACAGCCACGUUUGUAAUUCAGCGAUGAUCCUCAAGACGCUUCUGGUCACCAGUUUUUUGGGCUGGGUAAAAAGUCAAGAGAGUCCGGGCAUGACGGCGGAGGAAAGGGCUGUUAUCAGGGAUCAAAUUGUUGAGAUGUUUGACCACGCUUAUGGAAGUUACAUGAAAUAUGCCUAUCCAGCAGAUGAACUGAUGCCUCUAAGCUGCAAAGGGAGAGUUCGAGGACAGGAGCCAAACAGAGGGGACAUCGAUGAUUCUUUGGGGAAGUUUUCUCUGACUCUGAUUGACACCCUUGAUACGCUGGUGGUACUGAACAAGCUCGAUGAGUUUGAGGACGCAGUGAGGAAGGCUGUGAAGGAUGUACGCUUGGACAAUGACGUGGUGGUGUCGGUGUUUGAGACCAACAUCAGAGUCUUAGGCGGGCUCUUGGGUGGCCAUAUUAUGGCAGAUUUGUUGCGUCAGCGCGGAGAGAGGAUGGAGUGGUAUCGCGACGAGCUUCUACACAUGGCGAUUGAGCUGGGCCAUCGAUUAAUUCCUGCCUUUAACACCACAAGUGGCCUUCCCUACCCUAAGGUGAAUCUGCGUCAUGGCAUUCUGAAGCCACAGUCACGCACAGGCACCGAAUCAGACACCUGUACAGCAUGCGCAGGAACAAUGAUCCUGGAGUUUGCUGCUCUCAGCAGACUCUCUGGACAGCCUGUGUUUGAGGAACAUGCCAGGAAAGCUCUGGACGUGCUCUGGGAGCGGAGACAGAAAGGAAGUGACUUGGUGGGCACUGUCAUCAACAUCCAUAAUGGAGAAUGGGUCCGAAGAGAUAGUGGAGUUGGGGCUGGAAUAGACUCCUACUAUGAGUAUCUGAUGAAGGCUUACAUUCUUCUUGGAGACAGUGUUUUUCUGGAGAGGUUUAAUGUUCACUACAGUGCCAUUAUGAAGUACAUCAGUCAACCUCCCCUGCUGCUCAACGUACACAUGCACAACCCCACUGUGAGCGUGCGCAGCUGGAUGGACUCACUGCUGGCAUUCUUCCCUGGAUUGCAGGUUUUAAGAGGAGAUCUGAAACCUGCCAUUGAAACUCACGAAAUGCUUUAUCAAGUCACCAAACAGCACAAGUUCCUUCCAGAGGCCUUCACUACAGAGUUCAGAGUUCACUGGGGCCAGCACUUACUGAGGCCAGAAUUUGCAGAAAGCACCUACUACCUCUACAAGGCUACUGGAGACCCGUACUACCUCAGAGUGGGACAAUCCAUUGUGGAAAAGUUGAACACCUAUGCCAGAGUGCCAUGUGGGUUUGCUGCUGUGCAAGACGUCCGCACUGGAACUCAUGAAGACAGGAUGGACUCCUUUUUUUUGGCUGAGAUGUUUAAAUACCUUUACUUGCUGUUUUCGGACAAGAGCCACGUUCCCAUUGAUAUUGAUGAUUACAUCUUCACCACAGAGGCUCAUCUGUUGCCGGUUUCACUCUCCACUACUAAAGCACCGUGUCCGGCCAACAAUACAGGUACUGUUCCUGUGUCUCCAGAGGAUGAUCUUUUCUCACACUCCUGUCCCAGCACAGAAACUUUGUUCCCCAACAAUCCCACCUUUGCUAAAACCAUCAGGGACGGCUACAAGUACCUCACAGGAGUGGGACAAGCAUUCAGCCCUUUGCCCUUUAGGGAAUUUGAGCUGCCCCUUCCUGAUAAAGGCAUAGAACCAGUGGAGUUCUUGAAAAGUAUGGGCAUCUCUCUGAGCCCGCUAAACGAGAUCCUUUCUGGAGACACAAAUGGCCACAAGGAGCAUAAAGGAGUUCUCCGGGUAAAACUUGUGGCAGAAGUAAGCCAGACGGCAGAGGAGGAGGUGGUACCGCAUGUUGUUCAGCUCAUAUCCCCCCCCUUCCUGGGAAGGAUGGUGCUCACAGCAGGACCGGCAAAGUUUGGAGCGGACCUCACUAAGCAAGAACAUGGGGUGAAGGGAAGCAUUGUCAAAGCUUCCCCUUACACAGCAUGUGGGCCUGUAGACAAUGCAAUGGAAAUUAAAGGCAGAAUAGCUCUGGCUCUUCGGGGUGACUGCAUGUUUGCUGUUAAAGCUCGGUGGCUGCAACAAGCAAGAGCUAUUGGAGUCAUUUUUAUAGAUCAUCAUGAGGGAAGUAAUAGUGAUGAAACACCACUCUUUCAAAUGGUUGGAGAUGGGGACUCCAAUGAAGACAUCACCCUGCCCUUAGUCUUCCUGUUCAGUCGGGAGGGCGCUUUGCUAACGGCGGCCCUGGAGAAACAUCACAAUGUGGAUGUAGUGCUGCUGCCCAAAGAGAGGCAGCUUGGGCAAGAUAAGACAGAAAAGCCUGUAAGCGUGAACAUUAAACUCCGCCUGAUGGAGCACGGAGAAGUGGAAGAAGGAAUGGUGAAGAGUCCUUCGCUGGAGCUGGUCAUGGAGAAGGAAGAGGAGGAAGAAAAACUCGGUGGAAAACAGUCGCAGCAGCAGGACUGCACACAGAUAUCACAGGAUGACAGAACUUCAACGUGCUCAGCCGACUCGCCUUAAACACAGAACUCUUAAUACUGGACCUGACCCAAGUCCUUGAACACUGCAGACCCCAAGAAAAGCCAAAUGAAUCCAAGCCAAGUGUCCCAUCUGUGGUUCUUUGUUCGAGUCUGAGUAGCAUGUGCCUCUGAGGCUCCUCACUGCCCUGCAGCCCACAGACUCCUAACUGAAACGACCUGCAUGUUUACAACUGACGGUUCAUUUUGACCCAAGCAUAAAAGCGGCUCCAUUUUUGAAUUGGGGGAUCCUGCCUUGACUUUGUUUUUGUCUUUCUAAUCUAAUGAAGACCAAUCUAGGUAAUCAGAGUCAAAAAUCAGACAGUACUUAACCCUUAAUUGGACAUCUUCUGUUCCUUUUGUGGUUUGAACAGUGGUAACAAAUAUGAAACUUCAUAUUUAAAAUGUGAAGUUGCGUAUAUACAAAAUAGUGUUAGAUCUAGUUUUCUUUAUGCAGGUUAUUGUUAUUUUUCUGCAACAGAUUGCACAUUUUUUACUUCAUUGAGACCUGUUCAAAUAUUUAAAAUAGUGCAACGACAAGAAAUGGCCAGUAGGUGGUGCUACCUCCCAUGAAUUCUGAGUUCCAUAUUGCCAUGAAGAAAAAAAAAAGAGUUUCACUUGCUCUGAUUUUGAAGGCUUGUCUAAUUUUAUAGUGCACAACUUCAGGGAACUUAAAAGUGAAUGCUGUAAUUAUGUGUGUGUGUGUGUGUCUGAAUGUGUGUGUGUGAAUGCUUUAGGAAACCCAAGAAUGCAUCACAUUUAAAAUGUCAUAAAGAAGUUGAAUUUCACAUUGUAAAUAUAAUGAAACUUGGUUUGAAAUGACUAAUUUCUUUCUCACUGUAAAAAUGUCAUUUAAAAACACUGAUGUGACACAGCUUUUUAUUUUUUGUGCAGCUUAUUAGGUUUUUCUGCAGUUCGGUCUGCUUAUUAUGCACUUUAAAUUAUUGAUCUGACGCUUAUGGGAGAUGCUGACUCAAACUGAAGUAGCCACUAGAACCUGGCCGCAUUUUGAACAUGUGGCAGCACAGCUGUAAGCAGUCAGUAGUUUUCACAGAACUUCAUUCACCCUUAUUCAAAACAUAACAAAAAAAAAACGAUCUACACAUACUGCACAUAGUUGAUUAAAAUGUCACUAUUAGAUUUUGUUCAAAUUAAGACUUUUGUAAUUGUUUUGGAUUUAUUCCUUACUCUUCUGCCAAAUUUACAGUAAUUUUAAGGAAAAGAUUACUUUUUCAUUGGCUCUGUUUUUAACUGUGAUGCGCUGCUUAAAUUCUUUCCAUAACUUUGAAUUUUGAUUUGAUUUCGAUACAAAUGGACCAUUUCUUGCAAUACUGAGAUGCUUUUAAGAUUUACUUCUAAAUAAUCUUUGUGAACCAUUUAAUUUUGCCAACUUGUAUACCUCAGGAUUACCUGCAUUACUUUUUAGCAACAGGACCAUGGACGUAAUAAACAAAGGUUGUUUUUUUCUUUUCAUAAUUUUAAUGGUAUUUAUUAAUCAGUUCUACUGCCUUUGGUUCAGAAGGUACCAUAAAGAUAUGUAACUGGUUUGACAAUAGGAGCUGAAGCAAUCCCACCAAUAAAUUGGAUUCAUAACU